GGAGUAAAGCUGCAGUAAAGGCGAGGUUUAAAAACCCCGGAACUUGAAACGGUCGGAAACGAGCUAACAGCGGUUAGCUUCUCGUUGACAGCGUGUUUGCUGUCAAAGUCGCCGCAGCUCAGACUCCGAAAGGCGGAAGCCCUAAAGUAGGUUUCUCACUUUUUGCGCCCAUUUUUCCAGCCUUCCGUGCUCCUGUUUACACACCAGAAACUGGAGUUUCAGUAACUAUUUAACCAGUCUUGGACCCUGAAGAUGACAUCCAGAGGGGGCUUCCCUGCUCCUCAGUUGAAUCCGACCGUGAGCCCCAUGAGUGUCGGUCACGUCGGGGCCAUGAGGAUGCCCGGGAUGCCGCAGCUUCCCGCGGGUUACUCCCGCAGCAUGAGCAGCAACCCCCAGUACCACCAGCGGUCCGGGAUGCUGCCCAGCAGAAUGGGGGGUCUCCUAGGGUCGAUGGGGGGUCAGAUGCCAGGUCCUUCAUACGGUAGUGGCAGUAUUCCUAUGCGGCCAGGCAUAAGCCAUCCCAGCAUGGAUCCUUCCAGGAAGCGCUUCCUUCAUCAGCAGCAGCAGCAGGAGACGCUUGGAGGCAUGAGAAGAGGAGCAAAACGACGCAAAAUGGCUGACAAGGUUCUUCCACAGAGGAUACGAGACCUGGUCCCAGAGUCUCAGGCUUACAUGGAUCUUCUGGCCUUUGAGAGGAAGCUGGAUCAGACCAUUGCUCGAAAACGGAUGGAGAUUCAGGAGGCCAUCAAAAAGCCCAUCAUGCAAAAGCGUAAACUCCGGAUCUACAUUUCUAACACUUACACUCCCAGCAAGCCUGAGGGUGAGGAAUCUGAGAAAGUGUCCUCCUGGGAGCUGAGAGUGGAAGGCAAACUCUUGGAGGAACCUGGUAAGCAGAAGAAGAAGUUCUCCUCUUUCUUCAAAAGUCUCGUGAUUGAGCUCGAUAAGGAGCUUUAUGGACCCGACAAUCACCUAGUAGAGUGGCACAGGAUGCCCACCACUCAGGAGACAGAUGGUUUCCAGGUCAAAAGGCCUGGAGAUGUGAAUGUCAAAUGCACUCUUCUGCUCAUGCUUGACCAUCAGCCUCCGCAGUAUAAACUGGACCCUCGUUUGGCUCGUCUCCUUGGCGUGCACACGCAGACUCGGGCCAACAUCAUGCAAGCUCUCUGGAUCUACAUCAAGAACAACAAGUUGCAGGACGGUCAUGAGAAGGAGUACAUCAACUGCAAUCGCUACUUCAGACAGAUCUUUGGCUGUCAACGCAUGAAGUUCUCUGAGAUUCCAAUGAAGCUGGCGGGCCUGCUGCAUCACCCCGACCCCAUCAUCAUCAAUCACAUCAUCAGUGUGGACCCCACAGACCAGAAGAAGACGGCUUGUUAUGAUAUUGAUGUGGAAGUAGACGACCCUCUGAAAGCCCAGAUGAACAGCUUUCUGUCCUCCACCACCAACCAACAGGAAAUUGCCGCUCUAGAAAUGAAGAUUCAUGAAACAAUAGAGUACAUUAACCAGCUUAAAACAGAGAGAGACUUUAUGCUGAGCUUCAGCAAUAAUCCUCAAGAGUUCAUCAAGGACUGGCUCAAGUCUCAGUGCCGAGAUCUGAAGUUGAUGACAGAUGUAACGGGAAACCCAGAGGAAGAGCGCAGGACAGAGUUUUAUCAGGCACCAUGGGUUCCAGAAGCAGUGGGUCGAUAUGUUUAUUCCAAAGUGCAGCAGAGGAGACAAGAGUUGGAGCAGGUGUUGGGCAUCCGACUAACCUAAACGCAUUUUAGAGUUGUGAGAGCCACAAGUUGGCUUAAGUCAGCUCAUCCAAUUUUAUUAUCUGCUUAUUUGGAACUGGAAAUAGUUUGCCAUUAUUGCAGGUUGAAAUAUUCAUCAAGGCCUUCUUCGUUUAACAGAAUGAGGGACAAUGUACAUGCUUUGCAUUGUCUGUCAUUGUCACCCUUCAAAAAAUGGUGCCUUACUUUUUGUAUUUUAUUUUAUGGUACAAAAGAAAACAAUAUGUGCUGGUGUUCUGUUUUUUCUUACCCUUUAAAUGUGUGCCUUAAAAGAGUUUUUUGUAAUAUUUUUAAAAAGCGGUAAUCUUUAGAUAUCAAAAAGUGUACAAAUUGUUAACAAAUGCUUUAAGGCAUUAAAAAAAUUGCCAUUCCAUUUUAAUGUAAAAGAUGUACCUGAAAACAUUUUUUCAGAAUGUUUUAUUCAUGAAAAUAAAGCAGAAUAGGAAACCUUUUAUGCAAAGAUAUAUUUUCUAUUUGUUGUUUAUGUUUGAUAU